AAAAACAAAGCAAAGCGUUUUUGGUAUCCACCUCUUGUUGCUACAGCUUUUUUAUUCUCUCAAUACUUAUCCAACCUUGAAAGCCUUUGAGUUUUUUUCAUCCACUCCUCAGCGCGUUUCCUCAACAAGCUUGAACCAUAGCAAUACAUUGGAAUCCUCCCUUUUGGAUCAAAACACAACAAUAAUAAGAAAUCCAGUACACUCAAUGAGUAGUGUUGUCCUUGCAAAUACUGAAUUUUCAUCCACUGUCACUGUUAACAACCAAUCAAGUCUUGAUUUCAAUCAAGCUAAUAAGUUCUUAUUAGAACUAUAUGGACAACCUACUUCUAUUGAAGAAAACUUACUCAAUUCUUUCUCAAAGAAAGAUCAUGCUGCAUUAAUUCAAAAUACCAUUAAUAAUGCUAUCAGAAAUGAAAAGAAAACUUUCCAUCACAACUACAACUGUGAUAAAGUAGCUGCCAUGCAAACAAUCUUGAGGGUAUAUUUUGAAGCUGAAUUUUACCCAAUUGAAAGUGAUGCCAAGAAGAUGACAACCAAACAAAUUGUUAGAAACAUUUGUAAGGAUGUCGAAGAAGACAAUUUCCAUAUUGUUGACUUGUCUCAUGUUAUUAGACAAGUUGAAAGAUGGAGACUAUGUUUCCCACGUAUUAACCCAUACUAUGCUGUCAAAUGUAAUCCAAAUGAAAGCAUUAUCAAGGUUAUGUACAUGAUGGGUUGUGGAUUUGAUUGUGCCUCUUUGAAUGAAAUCAAAUUGGUAACUCAACUCUGCAAUGAAGUUGAUGAAUGGUUUGCCAAACAUCCUCAUUUCUAUGAGGUUUUGGCUUUUGUAAAUAAUGUCACUGUUGAACAAGUAAUGAGCAAGAAGUUCUGUACCACUACUGACAUUAUCUUUGCCAAUCCAUGUAAGCAAUUGUCUCACGUUAGAUAUGCCAGAGACAAUGGUUUACAAUGGACAACAAUUGACUCUCCACAAGAAGUUGAAAAGUUGGCAAGACAAUGGAAGGAUGUUAAGGGUGUCAUUAGAAUCAAAACUGAUGAUAGCAACUCUGCUUGUGCCUUCUCUUCCAAAUUUGGUGUAUCAAUCGAGAAUGCAAGAGGAAUCUUCCAAUCUGCCAAAGAUAACAAUGUUGAAUUGUGUGGUGUUAGCUUCCACGUUGGUUCUGGUUGCCAAGAUGUUAAUGCCUAUGUUAAAGCAGUCAAGGAUGCCAGAAUUAUCUUUGACAUGGCUGAAGAAUAUGGUUACUCAUUCAACUUGUUAGAUAUUGGUGGUGGUUUCUUGGGUAAUAUCAAGGAGACACCAACUGUUGAAGAUGUUGCUUCUAAUGUUAGAGAUUUGAUCGAUGACUUGUUCCCAUCUCAUGUUAAGGUCAUUUCAGAACCAGGUCGUUUUAUUGCCCAAGCUGUGUCUGUUUUGGUUGUUAACAUUUUCUCCAAGAAGGACUUGCGUGAAGAGAAUAAGCUUUACUAUAAGCAACUUGAAGAGUCUGGUGCUAGCGAUAUUGUUCACGAUAGGGAUGAUUUCAUCUAUUAUCUCAAUGAUGGUAUCUAUGGUUCUUUCAACAAUAUCUAUUUCGAUCAUGCUGAACCAACAUUCAAGACAAUCAAAACUGCUGAAGAGAAGGGAGCCAAGUACAAAUCUACUUGUUUUGGACCAACUUGUGACAGUAUCGAUAUCACCUGUAAGGGUUAUUUAUUGCCAGAGCUUAAUGAAGGUGAUUUCUUGUACUUUACCAAUUUUGGAGCUUACACUACUGCCUCUAGCUCACAAUUCAAUGGUUUCCAAAGUACUCAAUUCAAGUAUAUUUUCAGAAAUUAACAUGCCUACAAAAUAAACUCAUUCAACAUUAUUUAUAACAA